CAGGACGUCAUCACGUCACUCACCGGAGACCUGCCACAUACUCGCUCAACAUUAGCCAGCGGUUAGCAUCUGGCUGCUCAGAAAUGUGAAUUUUUCGGGAGAAAGGAGGACUUUGACCUUUUUGUUAGUCAUGUUGACAAGUAAAGAAAACGGGACGGAGCCUCGGAACAAGCCCAAUCUCCCUCCUUCAGCUGUCUUAUUCUUGAUUUGAAGUAAACCACUAAGUAGAAGACAAUCUGCAUCAUGGGAAGGAUCAGCUUUUCGUGCCUUUUCCCAGCCUCGUGGCAUUUCAGCCUGUCAUCCCAGGUUCUUCCUCGGCUCCUGAUACCUUCCCUCAGACAGCUGCUCUUCAUCGGCGUAGUGCUCUGCCUCAUAGGACUGCUCUACCUGCUGCUCGUCGCUGGAAAGGGGCACGCCAGCUGGAUCAGAAAGGAAAAUCACUUCCACAGGCACUUGGCGAGGGUGACUGAUGUGGAUGCAACAGAUACAAGCAACCCCAACCUGAACUAUGGCCUGGUGGUGGACUGUGGCAGCAGUGGCUCCAGGGUAUUUGUGUACUGCUGGCCCCGGCACAACGGUAACCCACAUGAGUUGCUGGACAUUCAGCAAAUGAGAGAUCAACACCGCAAGCCUGUGGUUAUGAAGAUCAAACCAGGUAUCUCUGAAUUGGCCAAAACACCUGAGAAAGCCAGUGAUUAUAUCCAUCCGCUGCUGAGCUUUGCAGCACAGCACAUUCCCAAAAAUAAGCACCAAGAAACACCCUUGUACAUCCUGUGUACAGCUGGAAUGAGAAUCCUUCCUGAAAGUCAACAAGAGGCACUUCUUGAGGAUCUGCGAACAGACAUCCCAGUCCACUUCAACUUCCUCUUUUCUGAUUCCCAUGUGGAAGUGAUUUCUGGAAAACAGGAAGGCGUCUAUGCAUGGAUUGGAAUCAACUUUGUCCUUGGAAGGUUUAACCAUGUGCACAAUGAUGGGGAAGCUGUAGUGGAGGUACAUGUCCCAGGCAGCGAUCAGCAGGAGGCGCUGGUGAGGAAAAGGACUGCCGGUGUCCUGGACAUGGGUGGCGUCUCCACACAGAUCGCAUACGAAGUGCCCAAAACUGUAAGCUUUGCUUCUCCACAGCAGGAGGAAGUUGCCAAGAACUUACUGGCCGAGUUCAACUUGGGUUGUGACGCACAUCGCACAGAGCAUGUUUAUCGUGUUUAUGUGUCCACCUUCCUGGGUUUUGGAGGAAAUGCAGCACGCCAAAGAUACGAGGAGAGCCUCAUCAGAAACACUGCCACUCGAAACAAGCUCUUAGAUCAGCAUACUGGCGAGACAGCGGAGUCUCCCCUCCUCGACCCUUGUCUCCCCGCAGACCUGCAGGAUGAGAUCGGCCCGGCUUCGCAGAAGCUCCAUCUGCGAGGCACAGGAGACUUUGACCAGUGCAGACAGAUUCUCCAGCCGUUCCUGAACCGCACCAAUGAGACCCAAACCUCCCUCAGUGGCAUCUACCAGCCAGCCAUCGACUACAGCAACAGUCAGUUCUACGGCUUCUCCGAGUUCUACUACUGCACGGAGGAUGUGCUGCGCAUGGGCGGCGAUUAUAACGCUUCCAAAUACGCCCGGGCUGCCAAGAGUUACUGUUCCACCCAGUGGAAGACUCUGAGGGAGCGCUUUGACUCCGGCUUGUAUGCCUCACAUGCUGAUCUUCACAGACUGAAGUACCAGUGUUUUAAAUCAGCGUGGAUGUAUGAAGUAUUGCACUCAGGUUUCUCUUUCCCGGCCAAUUAUAAAAACCUGAAGACUGCACUGCUGGUCUAUGAUAAAGAGGUCCAGUGGACUCUCGGAGCUAUUCUUUACAGAACGCGGUUUCUGCCUUUGAGGGACAUCCAGCAGGAAAGUCUGAAAGGAGUGCACUCUCACUGGCGGCACAGCUUCUCCUUUGUCAACAACCACUACUUAUUCCUGGCUUGUUUCUUCAUUGUCUUGUUGUCUAUCAUGCUGUACUUGCUGCGACUCCGCCGCAUCCAUCGGCGCACAGCCCAGCGCUGCACCCCCUCCUCUGUGCCGUGGUUGGAACAGGGCCUUCGCUCACCCACACUCCCUAUCAACCUCUAAAUUUGGUAGAGCAUAACGUCUGGACAGCAUGUCUGACUUUCCGAAACCCAUCUCACUCCAUUUCUCUCUGAGGCUCGUGUGCUUGUUCAGAGAGCUUUCGAAAGGCUGCUACCCUGAAAACGAGGCUGCUCCCUGCGACCAGUCGAACCAGAGAUGGUCACGAGAAUUGGACAAAUGAGGAAGAUCUUAUACAGUUACGAAGGCUUAUCUGAGCCCGUGAAAAUGUUAAAAUGGAAACUUCUUUUAGAAUUUGUGUUCUUGCCUGCCACGUACUCCAUCAUCAAAAUCAAACGGCAACUGCCUCCAUGUGUCUUCUGUUUUAUUUCUAAAAAAAAAAAAAAAAGACAAACACUGCGGUACUUUACUUGCUAGCUAAUCUUCCAUACCCCAAUAAAUAUAUAGUCUAUACUUUGAAUUUUCCCAAGGUCGACAGAUAUAGCAUGGUGAAAAUGUAUUGGGCAUUUGCCUUUCUUUAUGCCUUUUUUAUGUGUGUGGUCACAUCUUUUUUUGUUUUUAUAGUUGUUCAAUGGUACAAGCACUCAGCGUUUCCACAGAAACCUCAAAUGCAAUACGAUUUCUAACUAGUGGAAGGAGCACUUUGUAAUGCAGUCGAGAUGCUUUUCCCAGCUGGAAUGGUCCUUUGGGUUUUUUUUUUUUUUUGUUUGUUUGUGUGUGUGUCUUUCCCAAAUUGUUCUGCCUCAACAAGACAAGUAGCCUUUAAUGGCUAUACUAGUGCAAUACAUGUCUUGUCACUGUUGGGGAGACUCCCUAGAACACGUCUGCUCUUUUGUUGAGAGUAUCGGUCUCUCCCGAAGCCCUGCUGAAAUUCUUGUGUCGGGUCAUCUGACUUUUAAGUGGGUUACCGCUGCAUAUAUUUACGUUGGGCUUCAUUUUCAGAAGCCGUCAUAUCACUGCUGUGAGGGGAUUGUAAAUGAGAGCACAUGCCCCAUUAUUUAUAUGAAAAUGGUCUCGUGAAAUGUUUGCACAGAUGAAUGCAAAAUAAAUGUCACAUUGCAAUUCAGUAA